AAACUGUCCAGAGCUGAUAAGACUUAAAGCAGACGGAGGUGUUUGUCUUGAAUCUGGGGGACUAUCAGAAUAUGCUGUUACAUGGGUGAUGACAAGUAAUCAGUGAUGCUGUUUGCAUGCUGUGAACGGUAACUCUGCAGCCCUUUGCACUUGCUUGGCUGCAAGCAGCUGAAGCGCAAGCAGCACCGGCAGUAGCUCGCUGACGUCAUCACUGCUUCUUGCAGCUGGGGGACCUCGACCUCAAAUGGUUAUUUAGCUGCAUUUCAGGAAAACGCAUAUAAACGCCCUUCUCUUCUUCUUUCCUUUUUUUCUGUUUUUGCAAAGAUGGCAUCUGAGGGGCUUCAAGAAAACGAGACCCUGUCAACCCUGAAAAACGAGGCCGAGAGUCUGAAAAGCAAACUGGAGGAAGAAAGGGCCAAGCUGCAUGAUGUGGAGCUCCAUCAAGUUGCAGAACGAGUGGAGUCAUUGGGUCAGUUUGUGAUGAAAACGCGAAGGACUUUGAAAGGCCAUGGGAACAAAGUACUUUGCAUGGACUGGUGCAAAGAUAAAAGAAGAAUCGUUAGUUCUUCCCAGGAUGGAAAAGUAAUUGUCUGGGAUGCUUUCACAACAAAUAAGGAACAUGCAGUUACUAUGCCAUGUACCUGGGUAAUGGCAUGUGCUUAUGCUCCGUCUGGAUGUGCUAUUGCCUGUGGGGGUCUGGACAAUAAAUGUUCUGUGUAUCCACUAACAUUUGACAAAAAUGAAAACAUGGCAGCUAAGAAAAAGUCUGUUGCAAUGCACACAAAUUACCUGUCGUCUUGCAGUUUCACCAACUCCGAUAUGCAGAUACUAACUGCUAGUGGUGAUGGCACGUGUGCUCUCUGGGACGUAGAAAGUGGGCAGCUUCUGCAGAGCUUCCAUGGUCACGGUGCUGAUGUUCUAUGUUUGGACCUAGCACCCUCAGAAACAGCAAAUACUUUUGUAUCUGGGGGCAGUGACAAGAAAGCCAUGGUUUGGGAUAUGCGUUCGGGACAGUGUGUCCAGUCCUUUGAGACUCAUGAAUCAGACAUCAAUAGUGUCAGGUAUUAUCCUAGUGGGGACGCAUUUGCCACAGGCUCAGAUGAUGCUACCUGUCGUCUUUAUGACCUUCGAGCAGACAGAGAAGUAGCCAUUUACUCGAAAGAGAGUAUUAUUUUUGGGGCUUCAAGUGUGGAUUUUUCUCUAAGUGGUCGACUGCUGUUUGCUGGAUACAAUGACUACACCAUCAAUGUGUGGGAUGUACUGAAAGGAACCAGGGUUUCCAUUCUCUUUGGCCAUGAGAACAGAGUUAGCACAUUACGAGUUUCUCCUGAUGGGACAGCAUUCUGCUCAGGAUCAUGGGACCACACUCUAAGAGUUUGGGCCUGAAACUUGAAGACGUGCCUUCUGUUGCAGAAAUAACUUGAAAUGGAGUCUCUUCUGUAAAUAGUUAGCUACAUUUGUAGAUAUGCUUUUUUAAAUAAUCUGAACUUUUGACGUUGAGUUAUAGUCCAUUCAUCACUAAUACACACAGUAUCUAUAGCUACUGUAUAGAGAUGGAAUAUAACCAAUAGUGCAGAAUUACUGUAGCAUCGAUAAGGCUGUAGUCCCAAUUUUGUAAAAGCAGUACAUAUAUAAAAAAGAUAAUAUUUUAAAUAUCCUACUAACUUAAAAAGGUCACUGUUUGGAAAAAUUAGAUUAGGAUGAAGUAUUUGCUGCAUUGCCCCAGUUGUUAUUAGUGCUACUUUUCUGCACAUUUGUUCAGCCUACAGUGAUUCUACUGAGAGUAGCUCAACACACAGUGAAGCACAAUAGCUAGAUUUUCAUUCAGACUUUUGCAUUUCCUCUUUUUGGGGUCAUGCGGUGAAAUAGGAAACAGAAUCACUUCUUGUUAAACUGUUUGCUUCCAUGGUGUGUGAAAUGCAUCACUAGAAUGUACCUGUAAAUACAGUAAGUAAGACAAUUAAAGGCAAACAAAAAUAAUUGGAUUCUUAUGACUUUUCAAAUGCUGACAUCUUUUGGAUGGAAUCCAAAUUUUUCUGAAUGCACCAGAAAAAAUAAAUAUUUAAAUUGUUUAGGUUGGUAGGAUUGAAUCAAUGCACAGCAGGAAAAUAUUUUCAGUAUACAUAUGUGUGUCUUGAUGCAGUUAUAGCCUGCCUAAAUACAGACAGAACUGAUGCCUAAAAUGUGACAAUAACAAAUGAAAUAAAGGAACUGAAAAUGCUUAAAA